CUAUUGAGCCUCACGUGGCCAGGAUGACCUAAGAGUGAUAUUUUUGUUGUUCUUUUCACAACAGGCUGUACUUACUAUAAAGACUCUGUAGUUCUGAUUGAACGUUUGUGACUUCCUUUAAUCUAACUAUUGCCAUUAUGAACAGUCCAAUUUGGUCCCACGUUGCUGUGUGUCCUUGAAUGCAACAGGAGUGCGCGCAUUAGGCACGCGCAGACACGACUCCCACCAAACUUUUCAGCGUGAUCCACACACACUGUGUACACACACACUGUGUACACACAAGUGAUCCAACAGGUCCGACCCGAUCCCACCGUGUCGUCUGCGCUGUGUCUGCGGGACACGCAGAGCCCCGGGGCCAGAGGAGUGUGUGAAAGCUCGUUGUGUCUGCGGGCCAUGUGAGCGCGCGGCGUGUCCCAGCACAGACCACAGAGACAUGUUCAGAGCCGGAGCAGCGCUCACACACACCGAGCUGUGACACUAAAGACAUGGAGAGCGGUGCCGUGUCCGCGCUGGACAGACCCGCGGCGGAGCUCACGGUGGUGGACGUGUACGACAUCGCCGCGCUGCUGGGACAUGAGUUUGAGCGGGUCAUAGACCGCUACGGCUGCGAGGCCAUGGUCGGAGUGGUGCCUAAAGUGGUCCGUGUGCUGGAGCUGCUGGAGGCCCUGGUGAACUACGGAGGGGCCCGCAACAAGGCCGAGGAGCUGCAACUGGAGCUGGACAGACUGAGACAGGAGCGCAACGACCGCUACGAGCUGGACCGCAGGCACCAGAUGGAGCUGGAGAUGGUGGAGGACGUGUGGAGGUCUGAAGUUCAGGACCUUCUGUCUCAGAUCUCUGAGCUCCAGAGCGACAACAAGAGGCUGCAGCUGUUCCAGGCUGUCCCCCAGAGUCCUGUGGCAGUGGACCCACAGCAGGAGCAGGAGGCAGUGUCAGAGAAAGAGCGUGAGCUUCUGCAGAAGCUGAAGGAUCUGGUGGACAAGCAGAGAGAUGAAAUCCGCUCCAAAGAGCACGAGCUGGAACGGAGGAGCCACGACGUGGACGCGCUCCAGCUGCAGCAGAGUCGUGUGAUGAAGAUGAACCAGGAGCUGCGUCACAGGCUGGCUGUGAUGGAGGCUCAGGGGAAGGCCCUGGUGCAGCAGAGGGCCGAACUGGAGGCAGUGGCCCAGGCACGACUACAGGAGCUGGGCCAGCUGAAGCAGGACGUGUCCCGUCUGCAGAGGGAGCUUCAGGACCUCCAGGACCUGCAAGACCUGCAGAACCUGCAGAACCUGCAGAAUCUGCAGAACCUGCAGCUGGACUCACACCUGGAGCCUGUGCACAUGAGCACAGGUCUGAGCAGAGCUGCGUCAGGACCUGAGGCCGCUCCUCUCACCGGGGCCCCUCCUGCUCCUCCAGACGCUACAGUGAAGCCCUGCUCAGUCUGGGUGGAGUGUGCAGGAGACCCGGAGUUUUUAGCCACGUGUUUUGAACGAGAGCCUCUGAUCACCGGCGACUGUGAGGAAACCGAAGCAGCACUUUUGUUAUCGGAGCGGCCAGCGGGGGCAGACUGUGGGGAGGACACAGACAGCAGUGAGUCAGACAGCCCUCGCUUCACCCUCCAGGAGCUCCGGGACGUCCUGCACGAGAAGAACCAGCUGAAGGCCCAGGUGUUCCUCCUGCAGGAGGAGCUGGCUUACUACAAAGCGGACGAGUGUGAAGAGGACCUGAGUGUGCAUGGGCUCUGUGAGGAGGAGAGUUCUGAGCCUCCUGCUGCUGCUGCUGCUGAGGGGCCCGAGUCCGGCAUCCGCAGACUGAUCUUCACGGCCAUCAUGCCCAUGGUGGCAGCAGGUCUGAUCUCAGAUGACCCCACCCUGAUGCCCAUCAGAAGACUCUCCAUCGCCUGACCUUUUAACACUAUUUAUUCUUUAACGCUCAGACACUUUUAAAUGCUUUAAUGUGUUUUUUUUUUUAUUGGUUGUCAGUCCAUGACAGUAUGGUGCCUUAAAGACUACACACAACAGUAUCCAAGAAAAGUAGCACUUUGAACUAGUUGAACAAAAAGGAGUUCUAACUAGUGAUUUUCUAAUUGUAAAAUGUUGUGUUAUUGUAAAGCACACAGGCUCUGCCCUGUGUGUGUUUUAUGGCAGGAAUGUGGACUUUGAGGCUUCUCUGUAAAUAAAGUGAAUAAAGUUAUUUUAUGUAA